GGAAAUUAAAUUAAAUUAUUAAAAAAAAGAGUAUUUAAUUUGGUGAAAAAUAAAAAAUAAAAACGUGAAAAAGAGGGACUCAUGGGAUAAAUAAAAAGGAAGGAAGAGAUCUCCGUCACACACACAUAAACACUCCACACGCUCUGCUUCGUCCAAUCACCAAACACGCUUUAAUGACUCUCACGUUUUCCUCCUCCGCCGCAACCGUUGCCGUUGCUGCUGCAACCGUAACCUCCUCCGCUAGGGUUCCGGUUUAUCCACUCGCUUCGUCGACUCUUCGUGGAUUAGUAUCUUUCAGAUUAACCGCGAAGAAGCUGUUUCUGCCGCCUCUUCGUUCUCGCGGCGGCGUUAGUGUGAGAGCCAUGUCUGAGCUUGUUCAGGAUAAAGAAUCGUCCGUCGCGGCGAGCAUUGCUUUCAAUGAAGCCGCCGGUGAGACGCCGAGUGAGCUUAGUCAUUCCCGUACUUUCUUGGAUGCGCGAAGUGAACAAGAUCUUUUAUCUGGUAUCAAGAAGGAAGCUGAAGCUGGAAGGUUGCCAGCAAAUGUUGCAGCAGGAAUGGAAGAAUUGUAUUGGAACUACAAAAAUGCAGUUUUAAGUAGUGGAGCUUCCAGGGCAGAUGAAACUGUUGUAUCAAACAUGUCUGUUGCUUUUGAUCGCAUGCUUCUUGGUGUGGAGGAUCCUUAUACUUUUAAUCCAUAUCAUAAAGCAGUCAGAGAACCAUUUGACUACUACAUGUUUGUCCAUACAUACAUCCGUCCUCUUAUUGAUUUCAAAAAUUCGUACGUUGGAAAUGCUUCUAUAUUCUCUGAGCUGGAAGACAAGAUUCGACAGGGACACAAUAUCGUGUUGAUAUCAAACCAUCAAAGUGAAGCUGAUCCGGCUGUCAUUUCUCUAUUGCUUGAAGCACAAUCUCCUUUCAUAGGAGAGAACAUUAAAUGUGUGGCUGGUGAUCGAGUCAUCACUGAUCCUCUUUGUAAGCCGUUCAGUAUGGGAAGGAACCUCAUAUGUGUUUACUCGAAAAAGCACAUGAAUGAUGAUCCUGAGCUUGUUGACAUGAAAAGAAAAGCAAACACACGAAGCUUAAAGGAGAUGGCUACAAUGCUAAGGUCUGGCGGUCAACUUAUAUGGAUUGCACCAAGCGGUGGAAGGGACCGCCCGAAUCCUUCUACUGGGGAAUGGUUUCCUGCACCCUUUGAUGCUUCUUCGGUAGACAACAUGAGAAGACUGGUUGAACAUUCUGGCGCUCCUGGACAUAUAUAUCCAAUGUCUUUGCUUUGCUAUGACAUCAUGCCCCCUCCACCCCAGGUUGAGAAAGAAAUCGGAGAGAAAAGAUUAGUUGGGUUUCACGGUACUGGACUAUCAAUUGCUCCUGAAAUCAACUUCUCAGACGUCACAGCAGACUGCGAGAGCCCUAAUGAGGCGAAAGAAGCAUACAGCCAAGCUUUGUACAAGUCGGUGAAUGAACAAUACGAGAUCUUAAACUCUGCGAUUAAACACAGAAGAGGAGUAGAAGCAUCAACUUCAAGGGUCUCUUUGUCACAACCUUGGAAUUAGUCUCUCGUUUUAGGGUAACACUUUCAAAACUCAUAAAUCUUCUGUCUCAGAAGUUUUGUUGCAACUGUAUAUAUAUUGAGAGAGAGAGCAUUGUUCUUUCAUUUGCAGGAUACACAAACACAAUCAAUGGAAAAUACUCAAAAAAAAAAAAAAUGGAGAUAUUAUUCACACGUUGUCCUAGGGAGUUUUUUUUUUUUUUCAAACGAGUUCCAAAGCCUCCUUGAAACAACAAGAAAAAAAAAAACAGGUACGUUGUUGGUUUCUAACGUAGGAAGAAGAAGAAGUUGGUUUGUGUACAUAUGAAUAGUGAGAGAAAACAAACUCUUGCUAGGCUCUUAGAUCUCACAUAUGGUUUCAUAUGUAAUAUUCUUUUCUUUUUUGGAGGUUUCCUACUAUAUAGAGCCGAAUAAUUCACAAUCCCAAUUUAUGCCUCUUCCUUCUCUCUGCUUUCUCAUAUGCUUCAUGAUUUUAUUCCAAUUUAGUUUUCCAUAUAGAUUUUAUAGGCUUUGAUAUAUCAGUCAGUAACACAAUUUUGCGGAAAAUGGGUUUUGU